AUGUCAACUAUUAGAUUAAUUGAAGAAAAGGAUAAGGAAGAAUGGAUUAAUUUAUUUUCUGGUCCAGAUGGAUAUUUGGUAUUUUAUAAAUCAACCCUUCCUAAUAAUGUGAUUGAAACUACAUUUAACAGAUUUCUUGAUAAAGAUGAACCAGUGAAUGCAGCAGUUGCAAUUGAUGAUUCUACAGGUAAAAUCAUUGGCUUUGCAAAUUAUGUUACUCAUAGAAAUACUUGGGCAAUUGGUGAUUCCUUAUACUUGAAUGAUCUUUUUGUUAGCGGGGAAUCUAGAUUGAAAGGUAUAGGUAGAAAAUUGAUUGAAUUCAUAUACACUGAAGCUGAUAGAUUGAAAUGUGAAAAGACUUAUUGGCAAACUCAAUUUGAAAAUCAUAGAGCGCAAUUAUUGUAUACCAAAGUUGGUGAAAAGGCUGGAUUUUUAACAUACAAGAGACCUCUGGAAUAA